AUGGUCCCAAAUGAAGCCCAACAGUACAUGGGGAUCAUCAAGUUACUUCAGCAUUUCGGAUGGAGGUGGAUUGGGCUCUUUGUUGUGGAUGGCGACAGUGGAGACCGUUUCUUGCAGGUGCUGAAGCCACUGUUUUCCCAGCAUGGUAUCUGCUUGGCCUUCACAGAAAGACUCCUAAACCAAGCCCAUUGGGAUAACAUGGAUGAGAUAACUGAUUUAAUAGAAAAGGUAUAUCGACCUUUGAUAGAUAGCAAAGCCAAGACAUUUGUGCUCUAUGGAGAAUCUAUGACCAUCAUGGUACUUAAUACUUUUUUGGUUGUGGGCAAUCCUGACUACAAGGAAAACAUUUCAUUGAGAAAGGUGUGGAUCAUGACAGCCCAAGCUGAUUUCACAUUGACGGGUACUCAAAGAACCUGGGAUUUCCAGUUCUUCCAAGGUGCCAUUUCCUUCAUGAUUCACUCAAGUACCAUUUCAGGAUUCCAUAAAUUUCUUCAAGGUAGAAAGCCUGGCACGACACAAGGAGAUGGUUUUUUCAAGGAUUUCUGGGAACAAGCAUUUGACUGUACCUUUCCAAAUCCCUGGGGAGCAGAGCAAGGCGAUGAAAUAUGUACUGGUGAGGAGAGUCUGGAAAGCCUCCCCGAACCUGUGUUUGAAAUGCACAUAUCUGGCCACAGCUAUAGUAUCUACAAUGCUGUCUAUGCUGUGGCAUAUGCUUUGCACAUCAUGUGUUCAUCUAAACCCAAUAGUAGAGCAGUUGCAGACAGCAAACAGCUUGUACUUAAAGAUCUUCAACCUUGGCAGAUCCAUCCAUUUCUUCAAGGCAUUUCAUUUAACAACUCAGCUGGAGAAACAGUGCUUUUUAAUGAUGAUCUGGAAACUGGCACUGGAUUUGACAUAACCAGUCUGGCCACAUUUCCAAAUAGGUCCUUCCUCAGGGUGAAAGUUGGAAGAGUGGAUCCACAUGCACCUAAAGGAAAACAAUUCAUCAUUAAUGAGGAGAUGAUGGUGUGGCAAACAAGUUUUAACCAGGUGUUGCCCCUUUCUCUGUGUAAUGAUUACUGCUACCCUGGUUAUCACAAGAAAAAGAAAGAAGGAGAGAUAUUUUGUUGCUAUGAUUGUGCUCCGUGUCCAAAAGGGAAGAUUUCAAACCAAAAAGAUGAGGAUGACUGCAUCAAAUGCCCAGGAGAUCAAUAUCCAAGCAAGAACCAUGACCAAUGCAUUCCCAAGACAUUGAGCUUUCUUUCUUAUCAAGAGCCUUUGGGAAUUGGAUUAGCCUCUGUUGCAGUUUCUUUUUUCCUACUCACAGCCUUAGUGCUGGGCUCUUUCAUCAAAUACAAGGAUACCCCCAUCGUCAAAGCCAACAACAGGGAUAUCACCUACACUCUCCUCAUCUCCCUCCUGCUCUGCUUCCUCUGUUCCUUUCUUUUUCUGGGGUGGCCAAGCAAGGUGACUUGCUUCCUAAGACAAGCUGCUUUUGGUAUCAUCUUCUCCGUGGCCAUUUCUUGCAUUUUGGCCAAAACCAUCACGGUGCUUGUAGCUUUCAUGGCCACCAAACCUGGGUUCAGCGCGAGGAAAUGGGUGGGAAAAAGAGUGGCCAACUCUGUUCUUCUUUCCUGUUCCCUCAUUCAAGUAGCCAUUUGCAUUAUGUGGCUGGGAACCUCUCCCCCUUUCCCAGAUUUUGACAUGCUGUCUUUGACUGAAGGAAUCAUAGUAGGAUGUAAUGAAGGCUCUGUCACCAUGUUUUAUAUUGUCUUGGGCUACUUGGGACUUCUGUCUGUCAUCAGCCUGAUGGUGGCUUUCUUUGCCAGGAAGUUGCCAGACAGUUUUAAUGAAGCCAAGUUCAUCACCUUCAGCAUGCUGAUCUUUUGCAGUGUUUGGUUGUGUUUUCUUCCAACCUACCUGAACACUAAAGGGAAACACAUGGUAGCCGUGGAGAUCUUCUCUAUCUUGGCCUCCAGUGCUGGGUUGCUGGGUUGCAUCUUUUCCCCUACGUGCUACAUUAUUGUAUUUAGGCCUGAUUUGAACAACAGAGAACAGCUAAGAAGAAGAAAGAAUUAA